AUGUCCGACACUGGAAGACAAUCCCUCACCGACAAGGCCGGUGCCGCCCUCAAGCCCGACUCUGAGAAAUCCUACCUCGAGCAAGGUACUGAUAUCUUGAAAGGAAAGAGUGACUCCGCCGCUUCCUCCGCUCAACCUCAAUCUCAAAAAUCCUACUCCCAAGAGAUUGGAGAUGCCGUCUCAGGCAACCAAAACGAGAACCAAUCUUCCAUCGCCGAUAAGGCCAAGGACGCUCUCGGUAUCAACAAGCAAUAA